AUGGCUUCUGCUGCCAUUGAAGCGAGGUCACUAUCAAAUCUCACUGCACUUGCGUCCCAACCGCCACGCUAUCCACGGAAUCCUACUCACGAGAGGCAUGAGCCAUUGGUGCUGUACAUAGCUCGGGUUCCCGGAAGCAGAGAUGUCUUCCUCACUCCCAUGAAACCUAUGGAGAAAGUCGUGACGGCAGAAGAUGUUCAAAGCUGUCUAUAUUACCUACAUAUAGAUCAACCAGAAGACGCCGAACUUCUCGACGAUCCCGUCGAGAACCAAGAAACAGGAACAGAAGCUCCUCCGCCCCCUCCGGUGCAUAGGAAAGCCGUGGCUCCUAGUAAUUCGCAUUAUAACAAUAAUCUUCUGACUCCACAGCAAUCACCUUAUCCACCGUCAACGAAUUCACCCCACGUGAUGCAGAGGAAACCGCUCUCAACGUCACCGUUAGCUCCAAGAACAGUCAUUGACAAUCGCCAUGAAAGCAUCCAGUCGAAUUACCCGCGACCAGAUGCCCGAGACGAUUACCGGGGUCGAUCUGCUGACCAGACUGGAUCGCACAAUGGCGAACAGCUUCCGAUAUUGCCUCCCCGUAGGCCAUCUGAACAGCAUCCAUUACCCCCACGGCCACCGUAUCCUGUGGACCCCAGCUUAAGAAACGACCCAUAUCGAUCGUCCCAGGAAAACUAUCCUCCCGCAUUUCGAGAACCUUUUCCUUCGAGGCCAAUAGCACAGAACUCAUACGGCGCGCAGGUGUCCCCAGCUCACAAUACGCUGGGGCCGCUCUCCGCGAGCCCAGAAAGACCAGACACGCCUAAUUUCUUUGGAGCUUCACUUACUCUCAUUCGGCGGGACCCAUCUUCCUCUUCUCAGUGGAAUGUUGCGCGGAUCGAAGACCCUCCUAUUGUCGAAGUAUCUUCUUCCAGCUUAAAUAAUCCAGCUGUAACCCAAAAGAGCAGGCGCGCCGGAGCUCCAAUGUAUAUUGAGAUAAACAACAUUGGAUACUCAAAAUUCCUGAACACCUCGGAAGGCCUCCCGUCUGCGGUUGUGGGAGAUAAUGGCGUAUCUGCUAAGACUUUAAAGGACCUGGCUAACAACAUGUCCGCAAAAAGUGAUAAUGUUCCGAGCGAAACAGUCUUCAAGAGGCGGCUGUGGAUGGAGGGUGCAAGGCACAACGACAAAUCUUUCGGACAUCGACGACUCAACUCGUACGACUCUAGCACUGGAUUAGAUGUCCCACGAAAGAGUUCGGAAGGUAGAUAUGACGAACGGCUAUCAGCAGAUUACAACCGCCCACCCGCUCCAUUCCAACGUCGAGAUGACCAGGCCUAUGCCACUGUUCAAAUACCUGAGAAGCGCUCUUCCAGCUUUCGCGGGUAUGCCUUCACAAGCCCGUGGAAUGGACGGUGUGAAUUUUCGACUGGUGGUACAGGGCGGUCUUUAAAGUGCAAGCAUAUCAUGUCUGGCGGGCAUCAAGGCGCCGCAUCAUCCUUUCCCAUCGCUGCCAAUGUCAGUGAACUACGCUUCAAUCUGCCUAGCACCUCCCUGUUGCCGUCGACACCAAAAGGCGACGACGGCUCCUCCAAGCGAUCUUCCUUCUUCAGGCCUCGUCACGGUCGGCAUAAGUCGCUUCAGGAUGACAUGUCCAAGUUGGACCUCUCAUUAGGUCAGGAACAAGCUGGCGGAGGGUUCGGAGGCAAACAAGCAAAACUAGGGAAGCUCAUUAUUGAAGACGAGGGCUUAAAGAUGAUGGAUCUUCUAGUGGCUGCUAACAUGGCGCUUUAUUGGCGAGUCUAUGAAAAGGUUGAUGGGAAGUCUCGAAGAGCGGACACCAGUUUUGAUGGAUACUAA